AUGGCGUUUGCCAUUUUCACCCAGAUUUUGCUAUUUUGGUUGUGUGCAGCCCAAAUUUUGAGAGGCGGUUUGUGUGUUGGGGAACAGGAUGGGGUUGCUUCGGUGAUGGCUCUGAAGCACAGAGGCUUUGGAGGCAUCAAAUAUAAGAAUUCCUUUGAAUUGCUUAAGAUUUCCAACAAUAGGAGCUCAAUUAGGCUUAAUGCUCUGAGAAGUAGAAGACCUCAUCAUCAUCACCAUGGUAGAAGACACCAUUCUCUGGACAUGUCACUGCCUCUUAGGGCCUCAAGUGACUACAUAAUGUCUCUGAUGUUGGGCACUCCACCACAGAGAUUAGAAGUUUUCAUGGACACAGGAAGUGACCUUGUUUGGGUACCAUGCUCAUCUAAUUCUUCAAAAAAAGGUUUUUUUGACUGCAUCAUGUGUGAAGGCUUAGAUAUCCCCACAUUCUCUGAAUUUGAUUCCCAUUCAAAUAGGCCUGAAUCAUGUGGCACUGUUUCAUGCUCUGCUAUCCACAGCAAUGACAAUCUCAAUGAUCUCUGCAUAAUGGCUGGAUGCCCAUUUGAUACCCUGGACAUGGAGCCUUGUCAGAAUCCCUGCCCACCAUUCUAUUAUGCCUAUGGAGAUGGUAGUUUGAUGGGUGAGCUGAGAAGAGACAGCCUUACAGUUCACCAGAGCAAAGGUGGGACUAGAGAAAUUUCAAAUUUCACAUUUGGGUGUGCAAGGAUUUCACUAGGGGAGGCAGUAGGGGUAGCAGGAUUUGGCAGAGGGAUCCUUCCUUUCCCUGCUCAAUUAAGUGAAAUGGGAAGCAGAGGCUUUUCCUACUGUCUUGUCAGCCAUAAAUUUGAUGACAAUCUCCAUGUCUCUAGCCCUCUUCUGUUUGGAGACAUUGCCAUCCCCAAACAAGGUAAAGUCCAGUACACACCCAUGAUCAAUAAUUCUAUUUAUCCUUCUUUCUACUACUUGGGCUUAGAAGGAAUCAGCAUAGGAGACCACUGGCUCAAGCUCCCUUCUAGCCUUACUCAAUUUGACAGUGAAGGAAAUGGGGGGUUGAUCAUUGACUCUGGUACCACUUUCACCAUGCUUCCUGAAUCCCUGCAUAGAAAGAUCAUUAACAGGCUGAAGACAGCAAUUCAGUACAACAGGUCUGUUGACUUUGAAGAGGCCACUGGGCUUGAUCUCUGCUAUAAUUUCCCAACUGCCAAGGGAGCUCCUAUGUUGCCAACCUUCAAAUUUCACUUUAAAGACAAUGCCACAAUCACACUUCCUGCAGAGAAUUACAUGUUUAUGAUACCUGAUUCAGAUGAUCAUACUACUAGUACUACUAAUAUCACUUCUACCUCAGUAGGGUGCCUGAUCAUUUUAAGCAGUGGAGAUGAAGUAUAUGGACCUGCUGCUGUUUUAGGGAACUAUCAACAACAGAAUUUGAAUGUUGUUUAUGAUAUGGAGAAACAGAGAAUUGGGUUUUUGCCAAAAAUAUGUUCUGCAAAUGCCCACUGA